CUUCUUUAGGUGCAGUCACGUUUUCUAUAUCUCAAGGUCCACCUGACGGAAAAAUCUAGUAAAAAGACCUCCUAAAAGAUGGAGGAUAUAGAUGAAAUGUUCAGCAAUUUGCUGGGAGAAAUGGACCUUCUAACCCAGAGUUUAGAAAUAGAUACCCUUCCACCACCUACACGCAGUGAGUCAACAACAGAGAUCAACUUCUCCGUUGGCUUUAAGGAUUUGAAUGAGUCGCUCAAUGCGCUUGAAGACAACGACCUGGAUGCGUUGAUGGCUGAAUUAGUGGCGGAUAUCACAGACGCGGAACAGAAUAUUGCCACUUACAACAAUAAAAGCACGGCACCAUUUCCUCCUGUAGAUGCCAGCAACAACUAUAAUUUUCAGCCUCCCCCCAUACCUAGCCUAAUAGCAGGAGACCUAUCUCUUCCACCACCCCCUCCAGAAUUUGAGCAACAGUAUCCUCCUCCACCUCAUUAUCCUCCAACUGAGCCAAAAACACAGGAGGAAUUGGAGUCCAAGGCAAAAACUGAUAAAAUUAAGCUUGCCCUGAGCAAAAUGAAAGAAGCCAAAGUAAAAAAGCGCAUUGUUAAGAUCCAUAUGACUGACGGCAGCACAAAAACCCUGAUGGUGGAUGAGCUUCAGGCAGUGAGAGAUGUGCUGGACAAUCUAUUUGAGAAAACCCACUGUGACUGCAGCAUUGAGUGGAGCUUAUUUGAAGUCAUCCCUGAACUCCAGAUAGAGAGAUUCUUCGAAGACCAUGAAAACGUUGUUGAACUUUUAUCAGACUGGACAAGAGACAGCGAAAAUACGAUUAAUUUUUUGCAGAAGAAUGAGAAAUAUGCAGUGUUUAAAAACCCCCAGAAUUUCUAUAUGGCAAGAAAAGGAAGUGCAGAUGUGAAGGAUAUGAAUGAGAAAAACAAGGUGUCCCUGCUGGAGCAAAGUUUUUGCGGUGCGUCUGUCAUUGUGCCGGAGCUGGAAGCAGCCCUGUAUUUGAAGGAAGAUGGCAAAAAGUCAUGGAAAAAGCGCUACUUUCUCCUGCGGGCUUCUGGAAUUUAUUAUGUCCCCAAAGGAAAAACUAAGACCUCCCGCGACCUGGCGUGCUUUGUGCAGUUCGACAACGUGAAUGUUUAUUAUGGCACGCAGUACAAGCUGAAAUAUAAAGCCCCCACUGAUCACUGCUUUGUCCUGAAGCAUCCACAAAUACAGAAGGAGUCACAGUAUAUUAAAUACUUGUGCUGCGAGGAUCCCUGGGUACUGCAUCAGUGGGUUACUGGCAUUAGAAUAGCCAAGUAUGGGAAGGUUUUGUAUGAAAACUAUAAAGCCGCAGUACAGAGAGGCGGGCUGGCAUCUCAUUGGUCCACUCUUGGCAGUUCCUCGGUUUCAACAGCAGCAGGCUCUAGCCAAGGCAAUGGUCAGAUCUGCCAGAAUGUAACCACCAUCAGUUCCAGCUUUUCUGAUGCCUGGAAGCGUGGGGAGGACAAUAAGGAUAAAAAAUCGAGUGAGAUUAAUAAAUCUGCAUCAAAAAGUACCACGCCCACGGUAACCAAACGGCCACCCCCUGCGCCUAAAAGGGCAUCAUCCAUCAACCGUGGGACAGCUGAUCCAGCUUGUCCACCUAAACCGAAGGCUAUUACUACUGAUUUCAUGCCAGAACCACCACAGUUUCCAUCACCACCACAGUUUCCACCACCAGAACUGCCUCAACCCGCUGAUGAAUUUUUGCCACCGCCCCCACCUGACUUUUUUGACGCUCCACCUGAUUUUUUACCACCACCUCCCCCAAGCUUUAUGUCUACUGCUGGAAAUCCUCCACCUCCUCCAGUUACUCAAUUACAAAGUUCUAAUGGAGCAGCUCCACCACCACCUCCUCCUCCACCACCUCCUGCAACCAAUGUACCACCGUUGCCUGUGAAAAAACAUCCUCCUAAUCCGCCAAAAAGACAAAGUACUAUGGGACCUAUGCCAGGAGCAAAUGCACAUGGAGGGACAGGUGGUCAACCAGAUUUUAUGUCUGAUUUGAUGAAAGCGCUGCAAAAGAAAAGAGAGACUACAACCUAGAGCUUCAGGAGCCAUACACAAAGAGACUUUAGUACCCAGUAAAUGAUAGCAUUAGUGAGUAUCGCAAUGCUAAAUACAGUGACAACAUGACACCACGUUAUGCUGAUAAUCACAAACUACUGUAGUAACUUUCCCUUUGCACCAAUUCUCUAACCAUUUUUAAGUGCAUCCAAGAUAUUGAGGAAUCUUUCUUUUUACUUUAUUUGCAGAAAUAUAAACGGGAAAUGCCAUAAAGCUACAUCACUAUACAUCCACGUUUCUUACUUUUUAAUGGGUAUGGAAUCAGCUUUGUGAUACAAGAUUUGGUUUGAAAUGAUUGAUAAUGUAUUUAACUUUUAUAGUAAAUACUGCAAAUAUAUAUAAUUCUGUAGAUAGAAACUAUUGUAUUAUUGUGGCCCAUUCUGGCCCCUCGCCUUUAGAUUAGGAACCCUUGGCAUAGCUAUUCCCUUCUACUAAGCACAAGUCAGUAGGGAAAAAACUCAAGGUAUGAAAAUCAUUCUGAGGAACACAGAAGGAGCACCAUGUAUCUGAACAUCUGGAGAAAGUUAUGGCCGCAGACUGGCCACUGACAUUCCUACAGUACCUCCAGGUUCCCAACAGGACUGCCUCUUAUAAUGCUCAGUGCGGCCAACCAGUCUCUGGUGCAAUCAACACCAAGGAUGAUCAACUGCUGACUGACCCCCAACAGACUUACACUUUGCCUGAAUAAUAAGACAACUAGAAUUUCUUUGCAUUGAUAGAAAUAGGGCGUUGUAAAAGUUCUGAGAAGUUUAAAGACAAUUCAAUUGGUGCAUUACGGAAACCCUAGCAGUAAUGUUAUAGCAAUGUUACAAAUGGUCAAGGCCACCUCUGAUAAGUAUGUGAGGCAUUGCGGAAAAGAAAACAUUCAAGCCACACUAUAACAUAAUUUUUAAUCUCAGGUAAGCCACCAGUCAGCCAUUCCACUAGCAUUUAUUAAGAAAUGUAGUGGCUAACAAGAAAAAAUAAACUCUAUAUUAUCUGCUGUU